AUAACACUCUCACGCUAGUCUUAUUUUGAUGCACACAUCUCAGGAUGGGUCAUAUCGCUCUUAUUCUCAUCGGCUGUCUGAUUGUCACAAGGAGCUAUUUAACAACAGCUGAGAGUAGCACCUCUCCACCUGUGCUUACCCCAAUUACCACAUCACCUACAACAAGUAUUACAUCACCUACAACAAUUACUACAUCACCUACAACAAGUACUACAUCACCUACAACAAGUACUACAUCACCUACAACAAGUACAACAUCACCUACAACAAGUACUACAUCACCUACAACAAGUACAACAUCACCUACAACAAUUACUACAUCACCUACAACAAGUACUACAUCACCUACAACAAGUACUACAUCACUUACUAUCACAUUAAAUAGUGGAUCCACUCAUAUGAGGUCCACACAUGUGACCACACAGAGGAAUCUCACCACGCCAUUUAAUUUGACCACAACUAUGACCACUACGUCUACAACUCAAGUUCCCUUCACAUAUGGUAGCUGUGAAAAGGUGGGCAUGUGCUGCCCUGGACAUAACAACUCCUGCAACGCCCAUAAUUGUUUUUGUGAUGUAAUUUGUUUGAGACUGCAUGACUGCUGCCCUGAUUUCAAGCCCACCUGCCUUAAAGUCAAUAACAGCACCAACACCACCACACCAAGCACCUUGCCAUUGACAGGGAAUUGUUCAGCAGAACCGGCUCUUUGCUGUCCCGGUUAUAACAUCAACUGUUUCAGAGGCUGUUUUUGCGAUGAAGCGUGUAAACAACACAACGACUGCUGCCCCGACUUCAAUGGCACAUGCUGGGCUGCAAAUACAACAACAGCCCAUCCUAGCACAACUCUAACAUCAGUGCCGUCCAAUCACACAGCUCAAAUGAACACAACUGCAAAUACAGCUCAGAGUAGCACCUCUCCACCUGUGCUUACCCCAAUUACCACAUCACCUACAACAAGUACUACAUCACCUACAACAAUUACUACAUCACCUACAACAAGUACUACAUCACCUACAACAAGUACAACAUCACCUACAACAAUUACUACAUCACCUACAACAAGUACUACAUCACUUACUAUCACAUUAAAUAGUGGAUCCACGCAUAUGAGGUCCACACAUGUGACCACACAGAGGAAUCUCACCACGCCAUUUAAUUUGACCACAACUAUGACCACUACGUCUACAACUCAAGUUCCCUUCACAUAUGGAAGCUGUGAAAAGGCGGGCAUGUGCUGCCCUGGACAUAACAACUCCUGCAACGCCCAUAAUUGUUUUUGUGAUGUUAUUUGUUUGAGACUGCAUGACUGCUGCCCUGAUUUCAAGCCCACCUGCCUUAAAGUCAAUAACAGCACCAACACCACCACACCAAGCACCUUGCCAUUGACAGGGAAUUGUUCAGCAGAACCGGCUCUUUGCUGUCCCGGUUAUAACAUCAACUGUUUCAGAGGCUGUUUUUGCGAUGAAGCGUGUAAACAACACAACGACUGCUGCCCCGACUUCAAUGGCACAUGCUGGGCUGCAAAUACAACAACAGCCCAUCCUAGCACAACUCUAACAUCAGUGCCAUCCAAUCACACAGCUCAAAUGAACACAACUGCAAAUGCAGUAAAUAGUGGAUCCACGCAUAUGAGGUCCACACAUGUGACCACACAGAGGAAUCUCACCACGCCAUUUAAUUUGACCACAACUAUGACCACUACGUCUACAACUCAAGUUCCCUUCACAUAUGGAAGCUGUGAAAAGGCGGGCAUGUGCUGCCCUGGACAUAACAACUCCUGCAACGCCCAUAAUUGUUUUUGUGAUGUUAUUUGUUUGAGACUGCAUGACUGCUGCCCUGAUUUCAAGCCCACCUGCCUUAAAGUCAAUAACAGCACCAACACCACCACACCAAGCACCUUGCCAUUGACAGGGAAUUGUUCAGCAGAACCGGCUCUUUGCUGUCCCGGUUAUAACAUCAACUGUUUCAGAGGCUGUUUUUGCGAUGAAGCGUGUAAACAACACAACGACUGCUGCCCCGACUUCAAUGGCACAUGCUGGGCUGCAAAUACAACAACAGCCCAUCCUAGCACAACUCUAACAUCAGUGCCGUCCAAUCACACAGCUCAAAUGAACACAACUGCAAAUGCAGUAAAUAGUGGAUCCACGCAUAUGAGGUCCACACAUGUGACCACACAGAGGAAUCUCACCACACCAUUUAAUUUGACCACAACUAUGACCACUACGUCUACAACUCAAGUUCCCUUCACAUAUGGAAGCUGUGAAAAGGCGGGCAUGUGCUGCCCUGGACAUAACAACUCCUGCAACGCCCAUAAUUGUUUUUGUGAUGUUAUUUGUUUGAGACUGCAUGACUGCUGCCCUGAUUUCAAGCCCACCUGCCUUAAAGUCAAUAACAGCACCAACACCACCACACCAAGCACCUUGCCAUUGACAGGGAAUUGUUCAGCAGAACCGGCUCUUUGCUGUCCCGGUUAUAACAUCAACUGUUUCAGAGGCUGUUUUUGCGAUGAAGCGUGUAAACAACACAACGACUGCUGCCCCGACUUCAAUGGCACAUGCUGGGCUGCAAAUACAACAACAGCCCAUCCUAGCACAACUCUAACAUCAGUGCCGUCCAAUCACACAGCUCAAAUGAACACAACUGCAAAUACAGUAAAUAGUGGAUCCACUCAUAUGAGGUCCACACAUGUGACCACACAGAGGAAUCUCACCACGCCAUUUAAUUUGACCACAACUAUGACCACUACGUCUACAACUCAAGUUCCCUUCACAUAUGGAAGCUGUGAAAAGGCGGGCAUGUGCUGCCCUGGACAUAACAACUCCUGCAACGCCCAUAAUUGUUUUUGUGAUGUUAUUUGUUUGAGACUGCAUGACUGCUGCCCUGAUUUCAAGCCCACCUGCCUUAAAGUCAAUAACAGCACCAACACCACCACACCAAGCACCUUGCCAUUGACAGGGAAUUGUUCAGCAGAACCGGCUCUUUGCUGUCCCGGUUAUAACAUCAACUGUUUCAGAGGCUGUUUUUGCGAUGAAGCGUGUAAACAACACAACGACUGCUGCCCCGACUUCAAUGGCACAUGCUGGGCUGCAAAUACAACAACAGCCCAUCCUAGCACAACUCUAACAUCAGUGCCGUCCAAUCACACAGCUCAAAUGAACACAACUGCAAAAACAGUAAAUAGUGGAUCCACUCAUAUGAGGUCCACACAUGUGACCACACAGAGGAAUCUCACCACAUCAUUUAAUUUGACCACAACUAUGACCACUACGUCUACAACUCAAGUUCCCUUCACAUAUGGAAGCUGUGAAAAGGCGGGCAUGUGCUGCCCUGGACAUAACAACUCCUGCAACGCCCAUAAUUGUUUUUGUGAUGUUAUUUGUUUGAGACUGCAUGACUGCUGCCCUGAUUUCAAGCCCACCUGCCUUAAAGUCAAUAACAGCACCAACACCACCACACCAAGCACCUUGCCAUUGACAGGGAAUUGUUCAGCAGAACCGGCUCUUUGCUGUCCCGGUUAUAACAUCAACUGUUUCAGAGGCUGUUUUUGCGAUGAAGCGUGUAAACAACACAACGACUGCUGCCCCGACUUCAAUGGCACAUGCUGGGCUGCAAAUACAACAACAGCCCAUCCUAGCACAACUCUAACAUCAGUGCCGUCCAAUCACACAGCUCAAAUGAACACAACUGCAAAUGCAGUAAAUAGUGGAUCCACGCAUAUGAGGUCCACACAUGUGACCACACAGAGGAAUCUCACCACACCAUUUAAUUUGACCACAACUAUGACCACUACGUCUACAACUCAAGUUCCCUUCACAUAUGGAAGCUGUGAAAAGGCGGGCAUGUGCUGCCCUGGACAUAACAACUCCUGCAACGCCCAUAAUUGUUUUUGUGAUGUUAUUUGUUUGAGACUGCAUGACUGCUGCCCUGAUUUCAAGCCCACCUGCCUUAAAGUCAAUAACAGCACCAACACCACCACACCAAGCACCUUGCCAUUGACAGGGAAUUGUUCAGCAGAACCGGCUCUUUGCUGUCCCGGUUAUAACAUCAACUGUUUCAGAGGCUGUUUUUGCGAUGAAGCGUGUAAACAACACAACGACUGCUGCCCCGACUUCAAUGGCACAUGCUGGGCUGCAAAUACAACAACAGCCCAUCCUAGCACAACUCUAACAUCAGUGCCGUCCAAUCACACAGCUCAAAUGAACACAACUGCAAAUACAGUAAAUAGUGGAUCCACUCAUAUGAGGUCCACACAUGUGACCACACAGAGGAAUCUCACCACGCCAUUUAAUUUGACCACAACUAUGACCACUACGUCUACAACUCAAGUUCCCUUCACAUAUGGAAGCUGUGAAAAGGCGGGCAUGUGCUGCCCUGGACAUAACAACUCCUGCAACGCCCAUAAUUGUUUUUGUGAUGUUAUUUGUUUGAGACUGCAUGACUGCUGCCCUGAUUUCAAGCCCACCUGCCUUAAAGUCAAUAACAGCACCAACACCACCACACCAAGCACCUUGCCAUUGACAGGGAAUUGUUCAGCAGAACCGGCUCUUUGCUGUCCCGGUUAUAACAUCAACUGUUUCAGAGGCUGUUUUUGCGAUGAAGCGUGUAAACAACACAACGACUGCUGCCCCGACUUCAAUGGCACAUGCUGGGCUGCAAAUACAACAACAGCCCAUCCUAGCACAACUCUAACAUCAGUGCCGUCCAAUCACACAGCUCAAAUGAACACAACUGCAAAAACAGUAAAUAGUGGAUCCACUCAUAUGAGGUCCACACAUGUGACCACACAGAGGAAUCUCACCACAUCAUUUAAUUUGACCACAACUAUGACCACUACGUCUACAACUCAAGUUCCCUUCACAUAUGGAAGCUGUGAAAAGGCGGGCAUGUGCUGCCCUGGACAUAACAACUCCUGCAACGCCCAUAAUUGUUUUUGUGAUGUUAUUUGUUUGAGACUGCAUGACUGCUGCCCUGAUUUCAAGCCCACCUGCCUUAAAGUCAAUAACAGCACCAACACCACCACACCAAGCACCUUGCCAUUGACAGGGAAUUGUUCAGCAGAACCGGCUCUUUGCUGUCCCGGUUAUAACAUCAACUGUUUCAGAGGCUGUUUUUGCGAUGAAGCGUGUAAACAACACAACGACUGCUGCCCCGACUUCAAUGGCACAUGCUGGGCUGCAAAUACAACAACAGCCCAUCCUAGCACAACUCUAACAUCAGUGCCGUCCAAUCACACAGCUCAAAUGAACACAACUGCAAAUACAGUAAAUAGUGGAUCCACUCAUAUGAGGUCCACACAUGUGACCACACAGAGGAAUCUCACCACGCCAUUUAAUUUGACCACAACUAUGACCACUACGUCUACAACUCAAGUUCCCUUCACAUAUGGAAGCUGUGAAAAGGCGGGCAUGUGCUGCCCUGGACAUAACAACUCCUGCAACGCCCAUAAUUGUUUUUGUGAUGUUAUUUGUUUGAGACUGCAUGACUGCUGCCCUGAUUUCAAGCCCACCUGCCUUAAAGUCAAUAACAGCACCAACACCACCACACCAAGCACCUUGCCAUUGACAGGGAAUUGUUCAGCAGAACCGGCUCUUUGCUGUCCCGGUUAUAACAUCAACUGUUUCAGAGGCUGUUUUUGCGAUGAAGCGUGUAAACAACACAACGACUGCUGCCCCGACUUCAAUGGCACAUGCUGGGCUGCAAAUACAACAACAGCCCAUCCUAGCACAACUCUAACAUCAGUGCCGUCCAAUCACACAGCUCAAAUGAACACAACUGCAAAUGCAGUAAAUAGUGGAUCCACUCAUAUGAGGUCCACACAUGUGACCACACAGAGGAAUCUCACCACACCAUUUAAUUUGACCACAACUAUGACCACUACGUCUACAACUCAAGUUUCCUUCACAUAUGGAAGCUGUGAAAAGGCGGGCAUGUGCUGCCCUGGACAUAACAACUCCUGCAAUGCCCAUAAUUGUUUUUGUGAUGUUAUUUGUUUGAGACUGCAUGACUGCUGCCCUGAUUUCAAGUCCACCUGCCUUAAAGUCAAUAACAGCACCAACACCACCACACCAAGCACCUUGCCAUUGACAGGGAAUUGUUCAGCAGAACCGGCUCUUUGCUGUCCCGGUUAUAACAUCAACUGUUUCAGAGGCUGUUUUUGCGAUGAAGCGUGUAAACAACACAACGACUGCUGCCCCGACUUCAAUGGCACAUGCUGGGCUGCAAAUACAACAACAGCCCAUCCUAGCACAACUCUAACAUCAGUGCCGUCCAAUCACACAGCUCAAAUGAACACAACUGCAAAUACAGAUGUUCUCUCAAUACUCACUAAUUUGGAAGUUGAAAUUUUGGCACCGGAGUCAUCCACAGAAAAAGAGCACAAGGCGGCACUGCUGCAGUUUGCUCAUUUGCUGGAGGAACUCCUAAGACAAAACAAUACUGACAACUUCUCUUUUGAGGUCUCAAGAGUUGCUGUUUAUGAGGAGCCAUGUGAUUGAGUCAGAAAUCAGCCAAUGCUUCAUUAAAAAUACAGUUUAAAAAUCACUGCAGGGCACUUUAAAUACUUAAAAAUGUAUUUAUGAUUAUGUUUAAAAAAGCAUAAUAAAUGUAUUUGUUAAAAGCAUUGCUUAUGUGCCAGAUACAAUGUAUGGUACCCUCUUCUGUUAAUGAUAAAUUGAAAUAUAUAA